AUGGCCAAGCAAGGAAACGACGAAUUACCAGGCACAAGAGCCACAACUCCAUCAAUAUUCGAUACCUCUGAACUCAACUCUAGGCUGCUCUUUGCAAUCCCCAAAAAAGGAAGACUACAUGAACAGUGCCUGUCGCUUCUGUCUGGAGCUGACAUUCAGUUCAAACGAGGAAACAGGGUCGACAUCGCAAUGUCUACAAAUCUGCCUAUAGCUCUUGUCUUUCUACCUGCUGCCGACAUUGCUAAAUUCGUUGCUGACGGUAAUGUGGAUUUGGGUAUAACUGGUCAAGACGUCGUCAGGGAAAGCGGUGUCGAUGUGGAAGAAGUCAUGCAUCUAGGUUUUGGAAAGUGCAAUCUCUCUGUGCAAGUUCCUGUAACAUCAGACAUAACAGAUGUAAAAGAACUAGUAGGCAAACGAAUAGUCACCUCGUUUGAAAGGCUGGUUCAUGAGUUCUUUGCUGAUCUCGAACGGAAUGAGGCAAACGUCAACAAGCAGCCAAAUGGCAAUUCAAAAGAAGACUACAUUGGAGCUACUGGUUCCUUCCCAGUACUGAAAACUAGAAUAAACUAUGUAUCUGGCUCUGUGGAAGCUGCUUGUGGACUGGGUCUAGCUGACGGUAUUGUCGACUUGGUCGAAUCAGGAGAAACCAUGCGCGCUGCAAACUUGCACGCAAUCCACGUCCUCUGCACAUCAGAAGCAGUCCUCAUCUGCAACCGGGCUAAACGACACACAAACGCCCUCAUAUCACGUAUAGCCAGACGUAUCGAGGGUGUCAUCACAGCCCAACGAUAUGCCCUCAUCACAUAUAACGUAUCUCGUGCAUCUCUACCAGCAGCAGUGCAAAUCACACCUGGUAAAAAAGCACCCACCAUAUCACCACUGGAAGACAACAAUUGGGUCGCUGUGAGCUCUAUGGUUAUGAAAAAUAAGGUGUCGGAUAUCAUGGACGAGUUAGAGUCUGUAGGGGCAUCUGAUAUUCUGGUGACCAACAUCAACAACUGCAGGGUUUAG